UCUCAAAUGGUGGAUGAUGUGAAAAAGGAUUUAGAUGAACAACGCCACAUAUGGAGCACUAAAGGUUGCACCAUCAUGACUGAUGGUUGGACGGAUAGGAGAAAUAGAACUCUCCUUAAUUUUCUUGUUUCUUCCGCAGGGGGCACCGUUUUCAUCAAGUCCAUUGAUGCCUCCGCCCAUUGCAAGAAUGCCACCUACGUAUGUGAGCAGAUAGAGGAGGUGAUUGAAGAUGUGGGUGAGGAGAACGUGGUACAGGUGGUGACCGACAAUGCAGUAAAUUAUGUUGCUGCGGGUAAACUUUUGAUUACAAACUAAUUUUGUUUGCAAAUUAAUUACUAUCUUGUAGUUUGUACCUCCA